CAUCUUGUCAUGUGACAUGAGAAAAUCACAUGAUCACCAGUUCUGGGAGUAGAACAGUUUUGCCUGAAGUCGACAUCCGCACACAAAAUGAGUGUCACUCUUGACGUUAGACUUAAACGUGCGAAUAAAGUUUAUCAUGAGGGGGAGAUACUGGCUGGAGUGGUGGUAAUAAUGAGCAAAGAGGCAGUCCAACAUCAGGGCAUAUCCCUAACUAUGGAGGGGGUUGUCAAUCUGCAGCUCAGCUCAAAGAGUGUGGGUGUUUUCGAGGCAUUCUACAAUUCUGUAAAGCCUAUUCAGCUAAUCACCAGUAAUAUUGAAGUAGUAAAACCAGGAAAGGUUCCCAGUGGCAAAACUGAGAUCCCCUUCGAGUUUCCUCUCCAUGCAAAAGGAAACAAGGUGCUAUAUGAAACCUAUCACGGAGUGUUUGUCAACAUCCAGUAUACAUUGCGCUGUGACAUGAAGCGCUCCCUGUUGGCUAAAGACUUGAGCAAGACCAGUGAAUUUAUGAUCCAUUCUCAGCCACAGAAAGCAAAAGUACUACCAAGUCCAGUAGAUUUUACAAUCACUCCGGACACUCUGCAAAAUGUUCGAGAGAGAAACUCACUGCCUAAGUUUUUAAUAAGAGGUCACCUUCAUGCCACCAACUGUGUAAUUACACAGCCUUUAACAGGAGAGCUGGUGGUAGAGAGUUCUGCCGUGGCUAUAAAAAGCAUUGAGCUGCAACUAGUCAGAGUGGAGACAUGUGGAUGUGCUGAGGGCUAUGCAAGAGAUGCGACGGAAAUACAGAACAUUCAGAUUGCAGAGGGAGAUGUCUGUCAUGGUCUCCCCAUUCCCAUCUACAUGGUGUUCCCAAGACUUUUUACAUGCCCAACCCUUGAAACCACCAAUUUUAAAGUUGAAUUUGAAGUGAAUGUGGUGAUCGUCCUCCAUGAUGAUCAUCUGAUUACAGAGAACUUUCCUUUGAAACUGUAUAGAGUGUGACUACCAUCGGACCAAUAACUGAAUAGCUGUAUCAAAAGGACUGUCAUUGACAUAAGUGACCAAGUUUGUACAUGUACCAUGUGGCCAUUUUGUAAAAUGAUUGUAAAUUCAGAUUUACAUUACAAUGAGAGCUCAAUAAAUGAAACUGGAAAUGUCAUUCUGCUUUCCUGUAUGAACUGUUGCACACCAUCAGAGUAUUAUAGAAAUGUUAGAAAUAGUUUAUGUUGCUGGACCUCUUCCUAAUAAAUUUGAUUAUUUUCAAUUUGACCAAGUUGAAUAUGCCUCAAAUAUAUUCAAUAUGCCUUGAAUAUGCCUCAAGUGUUUUAAUAGCCCAAUUAAUGCUCCUUAUUUCAAAUAUGCACCUUACUUCAUAAGGCAAUGAAGCUCUGAUUAUCAGAUAUGACUGGUAGCCAAGAGGUUGCAGUGUUGUUUUUUUGUUGUUGACAAAAUGGCAACCUACCUUUGUUUGUAUUUACCGUUCUAACUUAUGAUUCUAAUUCAGCAUUACUUGUCAAAUACAAAAAAGUUCCUCACAGUUCUUUAACUGUCUGUUUUGUGUGAAUGCUAAAAAACCUGUUAGUAUAGGGAGGGGUGUAAUUCCAACACAUUCUCACCAAAAUGUGCCUUAAAUUCAAAGUGCAAAGCAAUGUAAUGUCAUGUAGAUGUUUGUGAAUACUGUGCAAAGGUUGAGUAGGCCUACUUUACAGGUAAGAUUCUCAUUGCAACUUUUCAACUCUAUCCGCAUCCUGCCACAAUACAGAGGCAGCAAUAGCACCUGAAGAAUGUAUAGUUGUUGUCUAAUCUACAAUUUAACAUUAAAAUACUUUAACUUUG